AAAGCAGCACUGAUGAAGCAGAACACGAAACAUGUGAAGAUAUUGGUGUUUUAGACGAAGCAUGUCAUUUCGAUGAUGAAUUAAUGGGGGAUAGUUCGGAUGAUGAUUUAAGACGGGAAACAAAAGAUCCAGACUGGAACGCGAACAUGGAGGACGAAGAAGCUAACGCAUCAGAUGAUGACGAGCUUGGCGAAACGGAAGAUAAAAAUACAUCGCCCGAUGUGAGAUCGGCUGAUAGUGAACCAAAAUUUAUUGUGUUCUACAGUAUGUUGGUUUCACUGUUCUCAUUGUUCUGUUUUGAAUGCAAGGCACAAUCACCAAGUGUUAAUGUCAAUGUCAAAAUGCAUGGAUCAAUGGCAAUAGUGGAACAAAGAUGCAAAUCAUGCAAAGGUUAUACGUGGAGGAGUCAACCGUUGGUCCUGGGAAAGUAUCCUGCUGGUAAUAUUUUAAUGAGUUUUGCGAUCCUGAUGUCUGGAUCCUCAAUUAGUAAGGUUCUGCUGUUAUUUAGGCAUAUGGGCCUUAAAAUGUACUGUGCUAGGACUUUUUUCUACCAUCAGAAGAAAUUUUUGUUUCCAUUAAUACUGCAAUACUGGGAGAAAUCCCGGGCUGUAUUAAUCGGUCAACUGAAGGGUAUAAAAGAUAGCGUUUGGGCUGGAGAUGGUAGAUUCGAUAGCAUGGGACACAGCGCAAAGUAUUGGUGUUAUACAAUGUUGAAUUGUAACCUGACAAAACUUGUACACUUCGAACUACUUCAGGCCAAUGAAGUUGGGAGUAGUAAUAAAAUGGAGUUGGAAGGUGCCAAGCGUUCAUUUGACGCGAUAAUAGUCAUGGAGGAGCUUCCAAUUAAGACAUUCGUGUCUGAUCGUCACCGCGGUAUUGGAAAAUGGAUUCGAUCCACACAAAAGGAUACCACACACUACUAUGAUAUUUGGCACCAGGCGAAGUCAACUGUGAAGAAAGUACUAAAGGCAAGCAAAGAGAAAGGCUGCGAGAUACUAAAAGAAUGGGCGAAAUCCAUCAGAAACCACAUAUAUUGGUGUGCUGUAUCAACCAAGCCUGGUUUUGCUUCCCUUAUAGAAGCAAAGUGGUUGUCUUUCAUGAGGCAUGUCAACAAUGAGCAUGAAGGACAUCCAAAUGCAUUGUAUGACAAAUGUAAUCAUGGUGAAAUUACCGAAACUAAGAAGUGGAUUAAAAUUGGAUCGAAACCAUACCAGAAGCUCAAAAAUAUUCUGACAAAGAAAACCUUAGUCAAAGAUAUCAAAAAGCUUUCACCUGUUGUCCAAACUAGCUCUUUAGAGGGUUUUCAUUCUGUGUUAAACCAUUGGCAUCCUAAAAUGAUUCACUUUUCUUGGUUAGGGACAUACUGCAGGUUAUAUAGAUGAAAUGUGUCAUGAACUUCUGUACAAAUGCAACA